GUGCACGGCCGGCCACUGAAGAUCCACCUGGACGUGAAUAUGGCGCUAGCAGCGGAUAGUCCAACUAAUAUGAUGCCAUGGAACGGAGAUAAAACUAUUCUUAUCGACAGGUGCAGUGGAAAUACAGUUGACUAA